AUGUACAGGACCUAUCAAGAUGAAGGAGCUGAGCUGAACCCUGAGCACUGCUGUGCUGACAAACCUCUGACAGCUUCUCUCUGUUCCUCAGCUUCUUCACUUGAACAAGCCCUCAGGUCUGGAGGUCAUGGAAGCCUGCCUGCUGACUUCAUGUCUUCUGUCACAUUCUGUCUAGGUCAAGGUGACUUUGAUUUAGCUGAUGCCCUUGAUCACCCUGAUGACAUAAUUACCAGGAAGCCUACAGUGAUCAGAAGACCAACAAGACCUGUGUUCAACAAUGACCUACAUUUAGGAGAUGCUCUUGGUGGGGGUGACAUCUCAAGAAAACCUUUAUACCCACCUCUUCCACCACGCCCAGGAAGUUAUGGUGGUAAUUCAGGAGGUUUUCAUGACUCAGAUCUCCUUGAUGGAAAACCUUUACCACCAGGAGACGAGGAGCAUCAUUUCAAUCAUGGAGGGAACACAGAUUCGGGUUUAAUAGCUGGAGUUACAUCCCCUGUAAUUUCUGCCUUUGUAGCACUGGUUGUUGGAUCAAUAGCAGCCUACACCGCUUACAAGAAUAAGAAACUUUGUUUCAAACCACGUGGUGGGGCUACAGUGUAAACCACUGAAAGAAGAGUUGCUGUCUGAUCACAGGC